AUACCAGUAAUAAACUAAAAUUGGUUGCAAAAUGUUCCUCGUGUUUGUGAGUUUGCUCGCGGCAGCGGCAGCUGCACCGCAAUACUUCCACCAGUCAAUCCACCACGGAUCGGACUACUUUCCUCACCACAGCUCCAAUUAUCCGCAUUACCCGAACCGAGGUUACUUCCCCGAAUACCAGAGCCGAAGUCCCUUCGACUCAUUCUUCGAAGAUAACAUCUUCGACACAAGAAGAUUCUGGUCUGACCUAUCUACCGAGUUAAGGGAACUCGAUAACGUACUCGCUGACUUCUACAGAAGAUUCCCGUCUAGCGUGUCCAGGGAGGGCAUCGAGGGCCACGACUACAAAAUAACGAUACCGCUGAACGGGUUCGACGAGAAGGAUAUCAUCGUGAAGGCCAGACAGGGAUUGUUGAUGGUGCAAGCUGUCCACAAAAUCGAAGAAACAGUCGUGAAGAGUUACUUGGAUGUAAGGAAUUUGCCUGACAGCGUCAAUGUCACCGGCAGUUGGGUGUAUGACAAAGGAGUUCUGAAGAUCACCUUCCCACUUAAAGAUGACGCAGUUGUCGACGAAAAUAAAGGAGACGCAAGUGAAGCUCCUACGACCGAAGCGCCAAGCCGUGAGGCGAUAGAACCUUCUGAAGAUAACACCGAGGAUGCUGACGUUGGUUUGAACAGAGGUGAUGAUGUAGUAGCUUCGGAGCAAGAGCACAUGCUUCAGACCAACGAGGUUCCUAACAACACCGUGGAAGCCACCACUUACGCUGUAGACGUUAAAGGCGAUGUGGAGUUUGUACCGAUCGAAUAAAUAAACCUGUUAUGUAGUUUUACUGUGUCUUUAUAUUUAUCAUAAUUACUAAAUUUAUAAGUAACGGUGAGUUUGGAGACCAAAGAAAAAAUAUAUUUAAUUUCCACAUCAA